AUGAGGUGUGCUCAUGACAAUGGUGCAUCCACUCGGCGGCUGCAGUACCUGGUGGACGGGUUCUUCGUGGACAACUACACACGCAGCAUUGACCUGGUUCUCAUCACUCGUAAUGCCAAUGAGCAACUGUUCACCGCCACCAAAGCCACCCUCUCCCUUCAGCCGGGCGGCAGCAUGGACGCUACUUUCCUAAUCCAGCCGGUCAACGUGGAAUACUACGACCUGAAUGUGACAAACAACGUGAUACGGCUCGUCCUGGAGCUGCUGUUUGUGGCCGGCGUGGUUUGGAACGUAGUGGAGGAGGUGAAGGAGAUGAUGAUAUCAAUGGCAGUGCUAUCCGGGCAGAGCUUCAACAUGCAGGCACGCUACAACAUCUACUACACUCUGGAUGAGUACCCGCGCUACUGGGCCCUCCCCAACCCGCCCUCGGGGUACCUGGCUGCAGUGGCUGCUGCUGACAAACUGGGCAGUAUUAUCAACACGAGCUCAGCUUACUUCGCUCUGCAGGGCAUGAAUGUGUUCAUCAUGGUGCUGCGAGUGCUCAAGCUGAUGGACUUCCAGCCGCACAUGGGCAUCAUCACUCGCUCCAUCCGCGUCGCCCUCCCCUCCAUCCUGCACUUCUUCCUACUCUCCCUGGCUGUCUUCCUCGCCUAUGCCACCUAUGCCUACCUCGUGUUCGGCAUGACCAUGGCACAGUUCAGCACCCUGUGGGGUGCCAUGCAAACCUGCUUCCUCAUUAUCCUCAACGACAACAGUGUGCAGUACUUUUUUCAGCACAUGGAGAGCUGGCAAUACGUCGCGGCGAUGAUCUUCUGGUUCUCCUUCGUCAUCAUCUUCUUCUUUGUGCUCUUCAACUUCCUCAUCGCCAUCAUUGUUGAUGCGUUCAUGGAUGUGAAGGACGCAGCAGAGAGUGCAUCGGCAAUAUACGAGGACAUGUACCUCAUCGUGCUGCGCUUCUUCCGCCGUGUUGCAACGCCUUAUAGCGAGUACAGCCGCCUGCUGCGGCACCUCAUUCGCCUGGGAGCAGUGGACACAGCCCAUACGGUCAUGGAGAAAAGCCUGUGGCAAUCGGCACAGCAGAGCCUUGCUAGGAGCCUUCGGCACAGCCCAGCAAGGGAAGGGGGCAGCAAGCAUGUGAGCAGUGGUGGGGCAAAUGGCAACAGCAGCGGCGGCAGUGACAGUAGGGCAAGUGAUAGGGGCAGCAAGAAUGGCAGUAUGGGCAGCAGGGGCUGCAGCAGGGAGGGCAUGAAGGAAUUAGUAGUGGAGGAUGGUGUGGAUGAUAGUGGGUCAAGGAGAGGUGGGUUGGAGGAUGGGCGACGAGGGGGAGCAGAAGUUGCGGAGGAGGGGAAGUUGGGGACGGAAGAGAGAGAAGCUCUGGUAAGGGUGCAGCGGCAGGGGAUGAUUGAUGGUAAAGCGGUCAUGAUGAGGGUGCAAGGGCGGGGGAUGUUGGGAUUGGGAGGGAUGGUGGAUGCAGCUUCUGGCGCGCCUCAUAGGCUGCAAGGGGCAGGAGCUGAAGCUUCCAGAAUGGACACAAUCUCUGAGGCGCCUCAACGGCUGGAAGGGGGAGGGGCUAAAGGUCGGAUCAGAAUGCAAGACGAGGGGAUGGAAGAAGCAGAGAGAAUUCAACCAGGCGUGAGUGAGAGAGACGAGGGGGAUGAGGGUCUUAGGAGUGGCACGGAGGUAGUGAGAGAUGGUGGGAGUAAGUUCUCGGGAGUGUCUGCUGCCAGAUCUGCUGCUGAAGGUACGGAGAGCAGCAAAGGAAGCAGCGGCAGCGGCAGCAGCACCAUGGAAGCGGGUAGCAGCACCAUGGAAGCGGGCAGCAGCACCAUGGAAGCGGGCAGCAGCACCAUGGAAGCGGGCAGCAGCACCAUGGAAGCGGGCAGCAGCACCAUGGAAGCGGGCAGCAGCACCAUGGAAGCGGGCAGCAGCACCAUGGAAGUGGGCAGCAGCAGCAAUAGCAGCGGCGGCAGCAAUAGCAGCACGUUGGGGACAAGCAGCAGCAGUGGCAGCAGAAGGGGGAGUGCGGGGGUGCGGAGCAGGGACGAGGUGCCGCACUCCAGAGGGGGGAGUGCCAUGGUGCGGUCGCUCCGAAGGCGAGUAAGCUUCUGGCGGGAGGACUCACUGGAGGAGCGGCAGCGGGUGGUGGCUGUCGGGGGCAGGCACCUCAACGCCCUCUCGCUCUCUGCUAUUCUGCAACGCGCGCUAGCCAGAAAGCUGCGCUCUGUCCCUCCUCGCUACACCCACCACCUGGAAUCCAUCGACCUCCCUGCACUCGUCAAAGUCCUUCUCUCGGAGACAGGAGAGAACCUGUCCCGUUCCGACCUCAUGGCCCGUGCAAGCUCAGCUGUGGCCAUGUCUCGGCAAAAGCGAGACAUGCUGGCAUUGCAAGAGCGAAUGGGAGCCCUCCAAACAGACCUGACUCAGAGGUUUGAUGAGCUCGAACGUGGGAUUAUGGAUCGGUUACCGAACCAAGGUCAUGAGAAGGCGGGUCGUGAGGUUUGGACGGAGCAGGUGCGGCGAGAGGUGGAUGCUGCUCGGAAGGAGGCUCGGCGGGAGGCCUGGGAGCAGGCACGACAGGAGCUUGAGGAGGCUCGGCGUGAGGCACGAGAGGCUCGGGAGGAAGCUCGGAGGGAGCGGGAAGGGUUUGGGGAGAUGCUGAGGGAGUUGAAGAGGGAGAUGCAACUGCUUCGGGUGGUGGGGGAGAGGAGAGAGAAGGGACGAGGGGACGAGAGAGGGGACGGGAGAGGGGAGGAGAGAGGGGAGGAGGGAGGAGGGAAUGUGGAAGUGGGACCUUAA